AUGGCUGCCGAGUCUGAUGUUCUGCACUUCCAGUUUGAACAACAAGGAGAUGUAGUCUUGCAGAAAAUGAAUCUCUUGAGGCAGCAGAAUUUAUUUUGUGAUGUGUCAAUUUAUAUUAAUGACACUGAGUUCCAGGGGCACAAGGUGAUUUUAGCUGCUUGCUCCACCUUUAUGAGAGAUCAGUUUUUACUCACGCAGUCAAAACAUGUCAGAAUCACCAUCUUGCAGAGUGCAGAAAUUGGCAGAAAAUUGUUGCUCUCUUGCUACACUGGAGCACUUGAAGUUAAAAGGAAAGAGCUUUUGAAAUAUUUGACUGCUGCCAGUUACCUUCAGAUGGUUCACAUUGUGGAAAAGUGCACAGAAGCUUUGUCAAAGUAUUUGGAAAUUGAUCUUUCUAUGAAAAAUAACAAUCAGCAUGUUGACCUAUGUCAAUCCUCUGAUCCAGAUGUUAAGAAUGAAGAUGAAAAUUCAGAUAAAGACUGUGAGAUCAUUGAAAUUUCAGAAGAUAGUCCUGUAAACAUAGAUUUCCAUGUUAAAGAAGAGGAAAGCAACAUUUUACAGUCUACAGUAGAGAGCUUGACAGCAGAGAGAGAGGAAAUGAGAUCACCAGAGCUGUCUUCAGUAGACAUGGGUUUUAAAGACAAUGAAAUUCGUAUCCUCCAUGUGGAAUCUAUCAGUACUGGGGGUGUAGAAAAUGGAAAGUUUUCACAGCCUUGUACCUCUUCAAAAGCAAGCAUGUAUUUCCCAGAAACACAGCAUUCACUGAUCAAUUCUACAGUUGAGAGCAGAGUGACAGAAGUUCCUGGGAAUCAAGAUCAAGGCUUAUUUUGUGAGAACACUGAAGGAAAUCAUGGUCCAGUGAAUGAGAUUCAGAAUCUAGAGGACGCUUUUUCCCUGAGGCACCAGUGCCCCCGGUGCCCUCGAGGGUUUCUUCACGUUGAAAACUAUCUGCGCCACCUUAAGAUGCAUAAGUUGUUCUUGUGCUUACAGUGUGGGAAAACAUUUACACAAAAGAAAAAUCUCAACAGGCACAUUCGAGGGCACAUGGGCAUACGGCCCUUUCAGUGUACUGUGUGCCUGAAGACAUUUACUGCGAAAAGCACACUUCAGGACCACUUGAAUAUACACAGUGGGGAUCGGCCAUACAAAUGCCACUGUUGUGACAUGGAUUUCAAGCACAAAUCUGCCCUCAAAAAGCAUUUAACCUCUCUCCAUGGCAGAAGCAGUGGUGAAAAACUACCCAGGCAUGAUCUGGAAAAGCAAAACCUACUGUAACUAGA